AGUGCCCGUACAUUCCAUCACAUCUUGUGCAUUUUCUUGAAUCUUGGCCGUAGCUCCAGGGUAGUUCCCCAUAAAGCGAGGACGAAAUCUUUCUGUUGACAAAAGUUAUUGCCGUCGUGAUCGGCGGUCUAGCUCCCCGCUUAUAUAAAACCAGGGCUUGCUCACUUUCUUUUUUGUGGAAAACACAUCAACAUCCAAAUAUAUAAGCAGAGAUAGAGCAAUUAGCUAGGCACGUAAAUUUUGAAAAGCAUGAUGGGUUUUGGGUGGUGGGCAAAAUCAGUUCUUGGUGCUGCCAUUUCUGGACUUCUCUUGCUGCAAUGUAGCCUCUGUUCUGCUCAACAAGAUCCAAACUACACCUUCAUGCGCAACGCAACCUCAGCUCCAGCCACCUCAUACUACGACUACAUCAUCGUCGGGGGCGGAACCUCCGGCUGCCCACUAGCCGCCACGCUCUCUCAAAACGCCAACGUCCUCCUCCUCGAACGCGGCGGCUCCCCCUACGGCAACGACAACAUAACCUACUUAUCUGCGUUCGGCCAAGCGCUCUCCGACCUCUCCCCCACCUCUCCUUCGCAGCGCUUCAUAUCCGAGGACGGCGUCAUAAGCGCCCGCGGCCGCGUGCUCGGUGGCGGGAGCUGCUUGAACGCCGGGUUCUACUCCCGCGCCGCCACGAGCUACGUGGCGGGGGCGGGGUGGGACGGCCGGCUGGCAAACCAGUCGUACGAGUGGGUGGAGAGGGUCGUGGCGUUUCAGCCGCCGAUGCUGGGGUGGCAGUCGGCGGUGAGGGAGGGGCUGGUGGAAGCAGGGGUGGUGCCAGACAAUGGGUUCACCUAUGAUCAUUUGCCGGGGACCAAGGUUGGUGGGACCAUAUUUGACCGUGAGGGGAGGAGGCACACCGCGGCUGAUUUGUUACGGUAUGCGAGGCCCAGUGGACUUACUGUCCUCCUGCACGCGACUGUUCAUAAAGUCUUGUUUAGAAUUAAAGAAAGAUCAAGGCCACUGGCGCACGGAGUGAUCUUUCGAGAUGCUUCAGGGAUUAUGCACAGAGCCUACUUAAGUAAUGGACACAAAAACGAAGUCAUCAUAUCCGCUGGAGCCCUGGGCAGCCCACAGCUUCUUAUGUUGAGUGGGUUAGGCCCUGCUAGCCACCUGAAGGCCCAUAACAUUACCCUGGUGUUGGACCUGCCCUUGGUUGGUCAGGGCAUGUCCGACAACCCGAUGAACGCCAUCUACAUACCGUCUCCGGUCCCGGUGGAGGUCUCUCUCAUCCAAGUCGUCGGCAUCACGAGCUUUGGAGGCUACAUCGAGGCCUCUAGCGGUGCAGACUUCUCCGGUACUAGAGACUUCGGGAUGUUCUCUCCUAAGAUUGGCCAACUAGCCACGGUACCACCCAAGCAGAGAACACAGGAGGCCAUCAACAAAGCGAUUGAAACCAUGAGCACUCUUGAUCAAGUAGCCUUUAGAGGCGGAUUCAUACUUGAAAAAGUCAUGGGACCCGUAUCCACCGGCCACUUAGAACUCCUCACCCGAAAUCCCAAAGACAACCCCUCGGUUACAUUCAACUACUUCCAAGAGCCUGAAGACUUGCAGAGAUGCAUCGAGGGGAUCAGAACCAUCGAAAGCAUAAUAGAGUCCGAUGCCUUUUCGAAAUUCAGAUACGAUGAUGUGUCGCUCCAAACGCUCCUCAACCUCACCUACAAUCAUCCGGUGAACCUGUUGCCGAAACAUGUCAAUGCUUCCCUCUCGUUGGAGCAAUUUUGCAAGGACACCGUUAUGACGAUAUGGCAUUACCAUGGAGGGUGCCAGGUGGGGAGAGUGGUGGAUCGCGAUUACAAGGUUCUUGGUGUUGAUGGUUUGAGGGUGAUCGAUGGCUCGACUUUUAAUUAUUCUCCUGGAACUAAUCCUCAGGCUACUGUCAUGAUGCUUGGAAGGUACAUGGGAGUCCAGAUACUAAGCGAGAGACUUGCAAGUGAAGAAACAAAGUGAUAGUUCCAAUGAACGAGUCGCGAAGGCAUAGCAUUCAGUUAUUUGUCCGUCGCAAUGUUUUCGAUAGAUAUUUAUCAAAAGUUGGCUCUGUAUUGUGUUGAUGACAUGAUUUUAUCGGUAGAUUUGCUAAAUUGAAUCGGGAAUGUUUGUUGGGUUAAUUGUGUUGUUCAAAGUAUGUACUAAGUACUAGUGGUGUAGUAUGAAUAAUUGAAUUUUAUAAAGGUAAUUGUGUUGUUCAAA